CCAAACAAACCCUCUGUUGUUUUUACUUUUUUUACCAUAACUUUUUAAACUCAAAUAGUCAAAUAGAUUCUCAACACCUCACAAAGCCUACAAAGCAAAUGUCACUUUUGUAUUUAUUUACUCUUUACCCACUCAUUUCUGAAUAAAACAAAAUAAAAAUCAACCAAAAAAGGAAAAUAUCUAUAAACAAAAACAAAAUCUCACCAUUUAUACUCCUAGUCUAUCCCUUCUCCCUUCACCUUCAAUCUCCGUCUGCUCUCUCUCUCUCUCAUAAGUUUUCUCUCUCUCUAGAACCUUAGAGAGAGAAAAGCCUCUAUUUUUCUUACAAAAACCCUACAUUACUCAAAAACAAAGCAAAAACCUCAUUGUAACAAAAUGGAUGGUGUUUCCCCAAAGUUUGUGUUACCAGACACAUUCGACGGCGUGAAGAUGGAGAUCACAGGCCAGCUAGGCAUGAUCUGGGAGCUUGUUAAAGCACCAGUGAUUGUCCCUCUUCUCCAGCUAGCGGUUUACAUCUGCUUGUUAAUGUCUCUCAUGCUGUUAUGUGAGAGGGUUUACAUGGGAAUAGUCAUCGUCCUCGUCAAGCUCUUCUGGAAAAAACCCAACAAACGUUACAAGUUCGAGCCCAUUCAUGAUGAUGAAGAGCUUGGAAGCUCUAAUUUCCCUGUGGUCCUCGUCCAAAUCCCCAUGUUCAACGAACGAGAGGUUUACAAGCUAUCAAUAGGAGCGGCGAGUGGACUAGCGUGGCCGUCCGAUCGACUCGUGAUUCAAGUGUUGGAUGACUCAACAGAUCCUACUGUUAAGCAAAUGGUGGAGAUGGAGUGUCAAAGAUGGGCAAGUAAAGGAAUCAAUAUAAGGUAUCAAAUAAGAGAGAAUAGAGUUGGGUACAAGGCUGGUGCGUUAAAGGAAGGACUCAAACGCAGUUAUGUCAAACAUUGCGAAUAUGUGGUUAUCUUCGACGCUGAUUUUCAGCCUGAACCUGAUUUUCUUCGCCGCAGCAUUCCAUUUCUCGUCCACAAUCCUAACAUUGCACUCGUCCAGGCUCGAUGGAGAUUCGUGAACUCUGAUGAAUGCUUAUUGACAAGGAUGCAAGAAAUGUCGUUGGACUACCAUUUCACUGUUGAGCAAGAAGUCGGUUCAUCAACACAUGCUUUCUUCGGCUUCAACGGAACUGCCGGAAUAUGGAGAAUAGCGGCGAUAAAUGAAGCCGGCGGAUGGAAAGAUAGGACCACCGUGGAAGACAUGGACCUCGCCGUCCGAGCAAGUCUCCGUGGCUGGAAAUUUCUCUACCUCGGUGACCUUCAGGUGAAAAGUGAGCUACCAAGUACUUUUAGAGCCUUCCGUUUCCAGCAACAUAGAUGGUCUUGUGGACCUGCAAAUCUCUUUAGGAAAAUGGUUAUGGAGAUCAUCAGAAACAAGAAAGUGAGGUUCUGGAAGAAAGUGUAUGUGAUCUACAGCUUCUUCUUUGUGAGGAAAAUCAUUGCACAUUGGGUCACGUUUUGUUUUUACUGCGUUGUUCUUCCUCUCACCAUUCUUGUCCCUGAAGUUAAAGUUCCUAUUUGGGGUUCAGUCUACAUCCCUUCCAUCAUUACUAUCCUCAACUCCGUUGGUACUCCCAGGUCCAUUCAUCUGUUGUUCUAUUGGAUUCUGUUCGAGAAUGUGAUGUCACUGCACCGGACAAAGGCCACUCUGAUUGGUCUGUUUGAGGCAGGUAGAGCUAACGAAUGGGUCGUAACUGCUAAGCUUGGAAGCGGUCAAAGCGCUAAAGGGAACACAAAAGGGCUUAAAAAGUUCCCAAGAAUCUUCAAACUGCCUGAUAGAUUGAAUACAUUGGAGCUUGGAUUUGCGGCGUUCUUGUUCGUGUGUGGAUGCUAUGACUAUGUGCAUGGGAAGAACAAUUACUUCAUCUACUUGUUUCUUCAGACGAUGUCAUUCUUCAUCAGUGGGCUUGGCUGGAUUGGGACUUAUGUCCCGAGUUAGGUGUCGUGUUUCAGGGGAAAAAGAGAGGGUUACUAAUUUUCUGCAAAGAUAAAAGAACACAAAAUUUUAUGGAAAAUUACAAGGAAAGUUGAUAGGGAAAAUGGUUUGAGAAGAAAAUAGAGAAACUUAGGAGGAGAGAGUUGCUCGAUAUAAUUUCAUUUACUGCCUUUUUAAAGUUAUUUAGCUUUUGGAUUUGUGAUUCAGUAAUUGUGAGAUUUCAAUUUUUCUUUUCUUUUCUUUGCUUUUUUACUUGUUAUUUAAAUUCAAGAUUUGGUGUGAGUUUUAUUCGAUUGGUGCAAGGGUAAUCAAUUAUUGCACUCUCCACAUUAAUUUUCAUCAUUUGCGUUUAGACCUCAGGGAUAUGUUGCUUGCAGCAUGGCCUUCUCAAGAAUAUAAUGAGUAGUUUUAAGUAGCUCAAGUUGUAGUAUAAUACACAUUUGUAUUUUAAUAAAAAGUAAAGAUCCUAGCA